AUGUCCUCAUACACUUCAAGGUUUACAGAACUUGAUAUAUAUUCUUCUGAAUUCAUGCUUCGAGAGGUUGCAACAACAACUUCGUCUACUCAAUCGUCCUCUAUAUACUGCAACCCCUAUUUUGCCAAUUCUGAUCCAAUACUGCAAGGCAAGAGUAGUAGUUCACUAGCCAAGCAUUAUUUGACUAUACCUGAAAAUAGUCAACCAAUUAAUUUUUCAGCAGAUCAAAGGUCAACGUUGCCCUUACCUCUGCCAUGCUCAUCACCACAACCUAAUUCAACAGAAAAGCAUUUCCAGUCCUUAGCAAAGAGGUUUAAACGCUUUCUACACUCAAUAUCUACACCAAGACCUAAGUCUUCCUUCUCUUCAUCAUCCUCUUAUUCAUUUUCAAAUUAA